CACCCUCAAAUACAGGGCCGCGCUCACCUGUAAACGUGCGGAAGUGAGGAGAUGAGUCCGGUGCUGAAGAGAUAAAUGUUUCAGAUUUGCUUAUGGAAAUUGGCAGUUAUUACAGUAAAGUUAUGAUGGAGCUCUAACAGCUGUAUGAAGGAACCUGUAUCUCCGCGCUGGAUGUAGUUUUCUCCGCUGACACAAUUUCAAAUCAACCGUGGAACAACCUCCGACAUGUUUUUCAAGACCCUCGAGGAAGGCACUGAGCUGUGGGACAGACAGAAAGAUGACACUGAGCCUUUACUUCCAACAACGGCCACCCGCAAGACAUUUGAUUAUGUACUGGUGGCACACAAGGUGGACAAUGACAACAACCUGAAGGCUCAGAGACAGAAAGCCUUCAUCCAGGAGCUGGAGAAGAAGAACAUCACAGUCACUAAGAUUGUUCAUGAUGACAAAGUGUUCUUCGGCCUGCGUGCUCCCACUCAGAUAUUUCAAGACUAUCAGUAUCUGCUCAAGGUGUCCGACUCCUGCAACUGGUGUGGAGAUGUGAAGGGAGCCGUCACCCAGGCCACUAGGAUUCGAAUCGUCCAUUUCAUCCUUCAUCAGACCUUCCUAAACACAGGAGAGAACCUGGAAGAACUUCUGAUGAAAGAUGUUUUUGAAACCAUAUUCUGCCUCCAUGAGAGAAAGCAGCAGAAACGGCUGCAGCAGAAGUGGGCUCGAUGGUCGGCUCUGUUUACAGGACAACCAGUCAACGAAGUCAAAUCUUACUUUGGAGAGAAGGUGGCUCUGUACUACCUGUGGCUGGGCUGGUAUACCAAGCUGCUGGUUCCAGCUGCUGCUCUGGGUGUUGUAGUGUUCCUGUAUGGACUGGCCUUUUUCAACACUAACCCUCUCAUUAAGGAAGUGUGUAACUCCAGCAUCAUAAUGUGUCCUCGCUGUGAUAAAAGGUGUGACGUGUGGCAGCUGUCAGACACUUGUGCCUACGCUAAGGUUAGCCAUCUGUUCGACAACGAGGGUACUGUGGCUUUUGCUAUGUUCAUGGCAAUCUGGGCUACUCUGUUCCUGGAGCUGUGGAAGAGACACAGAGCCACAUAUGUUUCUCGCUGGAAGGUCUACGACUGGUGUGAAGAAGAGGAGGAACUGAUUCUGGAAAUAGUCAAUGAUCCGAACUGUACACCUAAACACUUCACACACUCUUACCUGCACAGUACUCUGGUCCUCAUCCUGGUAACCCUCAUGCUGAUGCUGAUCAUCGGGCUCGCUCAAGCUCUGGUGGUGUUUCGGGUGGUGGCUGCUCCCUUGUUGUCUGAGUGCAACUGCGGGUUUAUCAGUGACCACGCCAACACUGUGGCGAUGAUGCUGGGAGCUGUGCUGCACUAUGUCACCAUUCAAAUCAUGACUCGGGUAAACCGAUGGGUUUCCCUCAAGCUGUGUGAAAUAGAAAACCCAAACUCAUUUGCUGCCGCAGAGAGGAGUUUCACAGUCAAGAUGUUCACCUUCCAGUUCUUCACUCUCUUCUCUUCACUCUUCUAUGUGGCCUUCUUCCUUGGCAGGAUAAAUGGCCAUCCAGGAAAUUAUGUGCGUAUAGCUCGGUGGAGACUGGAGGAGUGCCAUCCUAGUGGAUGUUUGACGGACCUUUUCAUUCAGAUGGCUGUGAUCAUGCUGCUCAAACAGACGCUCAACAACAUCUUUGAGUUCACAGUGCCCUGGUUGAAGAGCUGUCUGAGCAGAAAAUCUGCAAAGAAGCUGGAGAGGAAGUGCGGUCACUGUUACAGGAAGACCUGCCGUGACGAACAGGGGCAUGUCGAACCGUGUGAAAUCUGCAAACUUAGGGACUGGCUGCGUAACUACCAUUUGGCUGACACAGAUGCCUUCAGCCUGUUCAAUGAGUUCCUGGAAAUGGUGAUCCAGUUCAGUUUCACCACCAUAUUUGUGGCAGCGUUCCCCCUCGCCCCCCUGCUGGCUCUGAUCAACAACAUCUUUGAGAUCCGCCUAGACGCAAUCAAGAUGGUCCGCUUAGAGCGUCGGCUGGUUCCCAGGAAGACCAAUGACAUCGGUGUGUGGACAAAGGUGCUGGAAGUCAUCGGGGUGAUGGCGGUGAUCGCCAACGGUCUGGUCAUCGGGGUGUCAUCAGACUUCAUUCCACGCCUCGUCUAUCGUUACCGUUAUGGCCCAUGCGCUAAUGGAAACACUCAGACACACUGCAUGGAGGGCUACAUUAAUGACACUCUGUCCAUGGCUUUUAUUAGUCACCAAGCAGUUCGAAAUGACUUUACUAGUUCUCAGAUGGUCACAGAGAAUGGUGUCAAUGUUACACAGUGCAGCUAUAGAGACUACAGGAGUAAUGAGGACUACAGUCUGACCUCUCAGUUCUGGUUGGUCCUGGCUGUGCGUUUUGCCUUCGUCAUCCUGUUUGAGCACGUUGUCGUGGUGUGUAAGUUUAUAGCUGCCUGGUUCGUCCCCAACAAUCCCAUUCGUGUGAAGAACCAUCGUCUGCAUGACAAAAUGUCUCGGCUGAAGGAAGAGUUGUGUGAAAUGAAAUGCAGCAGGACAACAGACGUCUGAACCCUCUGUCCUCAGAUCUGCUCCCACCGACGAGUCCUGACUGGUUAAAGUGUGACAUACACAGAUGGAUUAUUGUUUAUAUAAUUUACAUUUGUCAUUGGACCAGGAGGACAGACUCCACUGUAAUGUUGUGUAAAGGUUUAUGUGUUACGAUUUUAUCAGAUUUUUAAUUUUCCCCUGUUGACAUGUUUAUCACCCAACUAUCACACUAUCACACACAACAGUUGACAGUCAUGUGAUGUUUUUAUAUUAAAAUGUAAGACAAUUCAUUUUCAUCAUUUAAUGUUGAAAAUGAAUUGAAAAAUGAUCAGCUGAUCUGGUUAAGAAGUUUGACCAGGAGAAUAUCAUUACUGAUGUCAUAUAGCAUGUUCAGUCAGACAGACACACUGGUUGUCUUGCAGUCUUGAGUGUACAGUGUGCAGUGACAUUAUGGCAUGUCAUGUGUAGAUGGGUAAGAAAAGUACCAGCACACAGUUCCCUAAUUACACACACUCAUAAAGCUGUAUUUAUGACUGCCAGUAAUCAGCAUACAUGCAGAAGUUAAAGAUGAAUAAUGAUAUUAAGUCUAACGCUCACAUUUGUCAUUGACCAUACACUAAGCUAUUAUAACAGACACUCCACAGAUGAUUAUUAAUAUUAACAAUUUAUUCUUCAUCGUCUGACACUGUCAAAUAUUGAAUAUAGCAUUUCAUCAAAGUUUUUGAUAAAUACUUUCUUAAAAAGUUAAAUCAGACCAUCAAAAUAAAAUCAUUUUAUGUCUCUUUUAUAUCAGUAGGUUUACAUGCUUCAAGAUAAUUUAUUAACUCUGAGGUCCCAUGUGUUAUGUGUGUGUAAGUGUGUAACUAUACCACUGUAUGGGUGAUUUAAUUAAUUUGUCCCAACCAAUCAUCUAAGCUGUGCUGAGCCAUGUACUUGUAUUUGUGGGAGCCACAGGAUGGUGUUAUUAUGUGAUAAUAAUAACUGGUGAUAAUGAUGACUUGAUAAACUUCUCUCUAUGGCCUCAACUGACGCUAUGAUACUGUCACAGUCACUUGAAAAGCAUCACACAAGUAAAGACUAGUGCAAAUAAUGCAAGUGUUGAUGUUUUGAUGGAUCCAAUAGUGCAGCAUGGUAACCAUGGCGACCCAGGCAGUAAAUACAGGAGCUGGUGAUGAUGAAGCCUGAGUGUAUCGCAGAGGUGUGAGAGGUUAAACUCUGGGUGAGGGGGAUUAGCAGAACUUUUGUGUGUUUAUAAAUCUUGUUCUUAUAUGAAUUAAUGAAUUAUGACUAUGACACUAUGAUUAAUAAAGUAUAAUUUAAGCUAAUUCAAAUGGGCCUACAAGAUACCACACAUUCAUACAAGCCAGGACAGAGAGCUGCUGAUACUUUUCCAAACAACAAAGUCAGUCAUCACCAUCAUAUACAGAAAUCACUGAUAAAAACAUAUACAGCAUCAGAGAAAGCUGAAUCAUUAUAAAGUAGACUUGUAAGCGAGUUUAAUGGGUCCAAGCCUGACCAAAGUCAAACCUGGAGUUUCACCCACUCAUGGCAGCAGAGAGUGAAGAGAGUAGCCAGUGGUUUCAUAAUAAUCAUAUGCUUGGCCACAUUGAGCCGCUGACAAGACUACACUGAGAGGAUGUAAUCCAGCCUCGGACCUGUGUCUGCACCUUUACAUAGCGUGUGAACACUGCCUGGUGGACCACAAGGUCUGCUCUGUUUGUCAGGAUUUAGGUCACUUUUCUAACUAGUUGAGUGCAGCUGAUGUAAACCUGAGGUGACAUUCUGAAUAUGAAAAUCCUUUUUAUUUUAUUUUUGUUUGAUAUUUUGACAUAAAGAAUGUUUAUUGUAAGGUAAAUACAUAUACACAUUGUUUACUAGAUGACAGUAUUUUAGUUGGAGGUUCUGUCCAGAGAGAUGUCAUCACUGUGGCCUUUUGUGACUUUGUGACUUCACAUAUAAAAUAAUUAUCUUCAUUGUCAUUAUAUUCAGGUACAGUGAACUUUACAUGGCAUCUGCCAAAGGUGGGUUAAAUAAAACAAACAAAAAGCAGAAUGGGAAAGCAGCAAUAAUAGCAGCGUAAUGUUUUAAAAAGUAACACUUGUGCAAGUACAACUUUCAAAUAAAAGACACCAAAAGGUUGCAUGUUAUAUAUAUAUAUAUAUAUAUAUAUAUAUAUAUAUACACACUACUCACAUUAAGUUAGGGAUAUUGUUAUUUACAUGAGUGCCCCAAUAUGUAAGGCACACUGUACACAGUGAGACCAUUAUGUGGAAAACACAAAAUGAAGUGUGUCUAUCACCCCAAUACAAUUGCCUCCCUAUCCCAAAAAUCUCUGAAGAGUAUGUAUGACAUCCACUGAGUCUCUCACAAUAUCCCUAACUUAUUGUGAGUAAUGUAUUUUUAAAAGAUGCUGAAUCGUGUUUAUGAAUUGUAUCUGUGUGUGUGUGCCAGUGUUAGAAGGGUUACAAACAGAUUACAGAAUACAUGUCCUAAAAUGCUACUUGUUACAUAUUCUCAAUAUGACUAUUCUAAAUACUUUAGAUUACUUUAACUUUGUCUGACAUUUUACCAUAUGUUUUCUUCUACUGUAUCAACGGGCUGAACGCAUUUGAGUCACCCUGAUUGUGUACUGAGACUGACACUUGCUGUAGAGGUGCAAAGGCUAUGAGAGUAUGUAAACACAAAGGCCAUUUGAUGUUUUGUUUGGUGAAAACUAUUAUUUGCUCCGAUGUUAAAAGUUUAUCUUUAAAAUUGGCACCAGGGAAAGAAGACCUUGUUUUUUUUUCACUUUUUCUUGUUUUAACAUUAAAACAUAAGUCACAUGUUAACAUUA